AUGUCCUUCUUUAACUUCAAAGGUUUUGGUAGAAACUCCAAGAAAAAUAAGCAGCCAGAUGCUGUAGUUACAAGCAUGGCAUCGCCCGUGCCGUCGCAUUCUGCCAAGAUUGCCAAUUCCGUUGGCAAUAGCUCGUCGCCGACUCGCAAUGGGAACGUCUAUAGCAGCUCACAUAACAGUGGAUCCAAGAUAUCCCUGCGAAGGACGCAGUCACCAAGAAGACACAACGGCACCCCACAACCAAACUCUUUACAGGCUAUGUUUCUCAGUGAACCGUUUGUAAGGACCGCGCUGGUCAAGGGGUCUUUCAAAACUAUAGUGCAGCUGCCGAAGUACGUGGAUGCAGGUGAGUGGGUUGCCCUAAACGUGUUCGAAUUCUUCACCAAUCUGAACCAGUUCUACGGGGUUAUCGCCGAGUACGUCACUCCAGAGGCGUACCCGACCAUGAACGCGGGGCCGCACACGGAUUACCUGUGGCUAGACGCCAACAACAGACAGGUGUCACUUCCGGCAAGCCAGUAUAUAGACCUCGCAUUGACGUGGGUCAAUAAUAAAGUGACAGACAAGAAAUUGUUCCCAACACAGGACUCCGUACCGUUCCCACAGGCGUUCUUGAGGGACGUGCAAAGGAUAAUGAUCCAGAUGUUCAGAAUAUUCGCUCAUAUAUACCAUCACCACUUCGAUAAGAUCGUGCACCUCUCGCUAGAGGCGCAUUGGAACUCCUUCUUUGCACAUUUUGUCAGCUUCUCAAAGGAGUUCAGCAUCAUAGAGAGGAAGGAAAUGAUCCCAUUGCUGCCACUAAUCGAAAGUUUCGAAGCUCAAGGUAAGAUCAUCUAG